AUAAUGAGACGACAGAGUCAGCGCAGAAAAUCCGGGAUCACAAUGCUGUUGUUUGGCGAUGACGACUUUGAGGCACUGAAGUCAAAAAAUAUCAAGCAGACGGCGCUGGUAGCUGAUUUGCGAGAGGCCAUCAUGCAGGUCGCACGGCAUUUCCAGUGCACAGACCCCAAAAACUGCAACAUUGACCUGACUCCCGAUUACUCAAUGGAGAGCCACCAGAGGGAUCACGAGAACUAUGUGUCCUGCUCCAGGAGCAGGCGGCGCAGGGCCAAGGCUUUGCUGGACUUUGAGCGCCAUGAUGAUGACGAGCUCGGGUUUCGCAAGAACGACAUCAUCACGAUCAUUUCACAGAAGGAUGAGCACUGCUGGGUGGGAGAGUUAAACGGACUCCGAGGUUGGUUUCCUGCGAAGUUUGUAGAUAUCCUCGAUGAGCGAAGUAAAGAGUAUUCAGUGGCCGGGGAUGAUUCAGUGACAGAAGGAAUCACUGACCUUGUACGCGGAACGUUGUGUCCCAGCAUUAAGGCCAUCUUUGAGCACGGACUGAAAAAGCCGUCUCUUUUGGGUGGUCCGUGCCACCCGUGGCUGUUCAUAGAGGAGGCUGCCAGCCGAGAAGUAGAGCGAGACUUUGACUCUGUAUAUUCGCGUCUGGUGCUGUGCAAGACAUACAGACUGGAUGAGGAUGGCAAAGUGUUAACUCCAGAGGAGCUUUUGUAUCGGGGGGUGCAGUCGGUAAACGUGAGCCACGACACAGCUCAUGCGCAAAUGGACGUAAAGCUUCGCUCACUUAUUUGUAUAGGACUUAACGAGCAGGUGAUCCACCUAUGGCUGGAGGUGCUGUGCUCCAGUUUACAGACCGUGGAAAAAUGGUACCAACCGUGGUCCUUCUUAAGAAGUCCUGGCUGGGUUCAAAUCAAAUGUGAGCUGAGGGUACUGUCCAAAUUUGCCUUCAGUUUAUCACCAGACUGGGAACUACCUGUGAAAAGAGAGGAGAAAGAGAAGAAGCCGCUGAAGGAUGGCGUACAGGAUAUGCUGGUGAAACACCACCUCUUUAGCUGGGAUAUUGACGGAUGACGACGGUCUCUGCGCGUCACGCACGUGUUUUACAACUUACAGAACUUUACUCCAAAAGUGCACCUUUUGUAUUAUUGUUCUACUGCCAAGAACUCACAACCUACAUCCUACUCUUUAGGAUUUCACUCUAACGUGAAUGUACGCAGACAUUACAUGAGGAUCUAAAAAAAAGUGACCAAAUCGUGACCAGACCGAGCGAGUGUUAAAUUUGCGUCCUCUUGUGGUUCAUCCAACUUCAUUUUUUUUUGUCUCUUGUCUUCUAUUCAUCUAUCACGGACAUUUCUUGAUUGUCAGAUCCUGCUGAAAACACUAGCUGUGUGUAUAUAAAUAUAUAUAUUAUAUAAUGAGUGUAUAUUUUGGGAUGUGUAGAUUUUUGCGCUUUGGUUAGGAUAUAUUUUUUGCUGUUUGUAUAUAAAACACUAUUUGAGCUAUAAAAAAAAUGUUGCUUUCAAAAUUAAAUGUUUCACAAGUCAUUUCAGCGUGUUGAAUAUAUCACAGGCUUGAAUGUCACACUAUUAUUAUUUUUUUGGUUACGUUAACCCUUCGUUCUAACCAGCUGCCCUUUCGGUGACAAUUUCAGCAUGCAGCGUUUUCUUACUUGUUGAUUUUGAGUGCAAUAUUUUUAUAACGUAGCCUAUAAAAACCAACACUCCUUUGGUAGCCACAUAUAAUAUAUAGUUUGCCCUCUGAUAAAUCUAUCUCUUGUUCUUUUGUAAUACAUGAUUAGAGGUUACAAUAUAUUCUUUUUUUUACACUUUAUGGUAAGUGGGUUUAGGGACCAGAUGCCUGUGAAACAUUUCUAUUUCCUUUCCAAAUUAAUCAGUUGAUUUUCUUGUAUUGCUUUAACUCUUUGGCUGCCAGAGAGGGUUUUGUAUAGCAGCCAAGGGGUGAAAAAUGUAUUUCAACCAGUCGGAUUUGAAAUAAAGGUGACCCUUGGAAAAAAUCUGGAAAGUAAAUAGAUAAACUGGUUCUUUGUUCUAUGUGGAAUUUUUGUGUGAAAACAAGAUCCUAAAACGUUUUUUUUUUUUUUUUAAUAAAAAAGUAAAUAUGUAAAUAUGUUCCGCAUCUGUGAUAGCAAGGGAGGCGAAAUGUUAUAUGUGACAACACGAGCAACUGCUCAAGCAUCAAACCUUACAAAUAAAAAUCAAACAAAAUGCACUAAUAUAAUAUUUAUCUUUUCUGAUUGAAGCAUUUUCAUGCUAUGCACACAUUAGGAUCUUAUAAAUAAAUAUAUAUUACUAUU